AUGCAUAUGUCCUUAUCUUCUAUAUCCAAUAAUGUGAUUUAUGCAAACAAGGUCUCAUGUCAUAUUUCUAGUCGUAACAAGACUUGUGACAUUUUUAUUGAUGUGCUUGAGGUUGAGGGAGUUUACUAUGGCUUCUCUGGUUGUCACCGGUUUGAGGCUCACCAGCGCCUAGGGCUCCCCACGAUCCGUUGCAAAAUUCGACGUGGAACAAAAGAAACUUUGAGGCAUCACCUCCGUUGA